AUCAAUCUAAUCCAGUGGCGUGGGAUCGCGGGUGCUAAGACGUGACUAGUAGACUGGACUAGUUUACAAUUGCCUCUUCUUACUCUCUUACUCUUCUUCAGGCCCUUUUUUUCUUCUCUCUCUCUCAAGCUUCAUCUUCUUCAUCUUCUUCUUUACUUCUUUACUUCUUCCUGACUUUGUCCAUUGCCAGCACUUUGGUCUGACACUUUUCAAGUAACUUAUUUGGUCUGCCUGUGGCUUGUUCCUUUCACCUUCAGCAAAUCACGACAAGGUCAAACAUGGCAACUGAACUCCCCACGACCAACGGCAAUGGCACCGCCCAGGACGGCGAGAACAACUUUGCCGUCAAGGCGGGUUUGGCUCGCAUGCUCAAGGGCGGAGUCAUCAUGGAUGUUGUCAAUGCUGAGCAAGCACGGAUAGCAGAAGAAGCAGGCGCAUCAGCCGUCAUGGCCCUCGAGCGCGUACCCGCUGAUAUACGGGCGCAGGGCGGCGUGGCGCGCAUGAGCGACCCCAAGAUGAUCAAGGAGAUCAUGGACACGGUGACGAUUCCCGUCAUGGCCAAAGCGAGAAUCGGCCAUUUCGUCGAAUGCCAGAUCCUCGAGGCCCUCGGCGUAGACUACAUCGACGAGUCUGAAGUGCUCACGCCGGCCGACGCAAUCCACCACGUAUCCAAGCAUCCGUUCCGCAUCCCGUUUGUGUGCGGGUGCCGCGGGCUGGGCGAGGCGUUGCGGCGCAUAGCCGAGGGCGCGGCCAUGAUCCGUACAAAAGGCGAGGCGGGCACGGGCGACGUCAUCGAAGCGGUGCGCCACAUGCGCACGGUGAACGCCGAGAUUGCGCGCGCAAAGGGCAUGACGGACGAGGAGCUGCGCGUCUAUGCCAAGGAGCUGCAGGUCGACUAUGCGCUGCUCAAGGAGACGGCCAAGCUGGGGAGACUGCCUGUCGUUAACUUUGCUGCGGGCGGUGUGGCGACGCCGGCUGAUGCGGCGCUUAUGAUGCAGUUGGGCUGUGACGGCGUGUUUGUCGGCUCGGGCAUCUUCAAGUCGGGCGAUGCGGCGAAGAGGGCAAAGGCAAUUGUCCAGGCCGUCACGCAUUACAACGACCCCAAGGUGCUCAUGGAGGUGAGCAUGGAUCUCGGCGAGGCCAUGGUGGGAAUCAACUGUAGUACCAUGGGUGAGCAGGAGAAGCUUGCGAAGAGGGGAUGGUAAAGAAACAAGGGAAAGUUUUUUUUUUAAAAAAAAAAACGUAGAUUACAAUGGUGGAAAUGGGUGCAUACAUGUCCAACUAUGCUUGUCUGGCGUUUCUGGAAAAGGAGAAAAGGAGAAAAGGGUUAGAGAGAUCAAGGCUCAACUCAGCUCAUCAC